AACAAACCAUUCAAUCGUGAGAUCGCUUUCCGUCCGGUUGUCGGCCCCGUCGUCAAUUCGGUGUUCUUGUUGCGUGUGGUUACGUCGGAUUGCGCCAUUUAGUAUCAGGUACCUACCUAUAGGCCAUUCUUCGGUCGGAAACGGAUGCGUCUAGUAACAGUUUCGUCUGGUGUGAGAUAUGUGUGUAAUGCCAUUAUCGAAUAGCUUUUCAUUAAGACUAUUCGCAUAGGAAGAGUGGAUUCAUUUUUCGGAACAAGUCGCGUGACGUGCUUAUCAGUUGAGGCAAGCAGUGUGAACGUGAAUCAAUGUGUUGCGUAUCUUCCAUGGAGGUGCCAAUAGUGAUUAAAUCAAAUGAUUAGGCUGUUGCUGCCGUGGAUGAGCUUAUCGUGGUUGUGUUGAGAUUUUUUUUAUCUGAUAAUCAAAUGACGAGUUGUCAGCAAAAUCUCUAGAGUGACGCAAAUGAAACGUAUUUCUUGCAUAUUCUGGCUCUGGCUGUAGAGUGAUAUCAUAAAGGAGAGAUAAUCAUCGUUGGAUAGACAAAAGAACUUGUGUAAAAAUUGUGUAGUAAAAACGAGUGAGUGUGCGGUACAAACCGAUGAAAUCAGUGUUGUUCAUCUCGUAAAUCCAUCGGCCAGCCAGUAUAGUGCAGUGACCGCAACCGACACAGUGCUCUGUUUGUUACUUAUCUUACACAAUUACAAAUCCGUACCUCGCUCUAGAUCGCACAUCAGGAUCAUAUGCUGGUUAUUUAUUGGUGCAGAAAAGUUGAGUCGACGUCGACAGUGACCGCUAUACUUGUGAUAAGAGGGAGAGAGAAGGAAGCAAAAACUUCAGAAGAAAACCCGUUUUCAUCGUGAUAACAGAAAAAGUGCGAAUCGUUAAAAAAAUAAUGUCGCAAGUGGAUGAAGUGCUACCGGGUGGUAUUGGCGAUGAUAACAAUAGCGGCGAUUCAGGUGACGUAGAGCAGCUUGCCCUUGUGGCCGAUAGGGGGUGCAAUUUGCCGGUGGUCAGUUCUUCCGCUGAGCCGGAUUCCGCAAUGGAAAAGAUAACGACGGCGAGUGUGACGACAGAAGCAGAAGCAGAAGUUGAGACGUCGUUGUUGUCUGGGGAAGAAACUGGUCUGAAUGCCACCACAGGAGAAGCCACAGAAAGCGUGGCGGUAGCUUUGGCGAAGAGAGCUCACGACGGCUACGAGCCUUGUGAUCCAUUAAUUAUCUUGAAUCUGUUUCAAUCACUUUCGGCCACGACCAACUCGCUCGAGCUGCAGAUGAAGAUAAACUUGCAUCUGAAAGAACGCACAAAAUCCCCAUAUGUCUUUUUGGUGCCGAUUCUUCCAACCAGCGAGGAAGGUCUCAUACAGGUCAUCAACGAUAACGUUUUAGAUAAGGAAAUCCGUUUCUCGAUAAACUCAACACAUCUUAAGAAUGCAUCACAACACAACGGAUAUCCCUUCGUUAUAGAUGAUUUAAAUAAAGAUUUCUCUGAAGUCAUUGAAAUGGUGGUAGGCAACAAGUACAAUACUCUUAUCUAUGAUAUUAAAAGCCCCCGAGUCAGUAAACUUCAGACGCAGAUAUCCACCUCUUCGACAUCCUCCUCGACAGCGUCAUUCGAUGGUGGCAGCACUGCGGCUCAGCAUAGCAAUAGUGCCAACGGGAGCAGUAAAAGUAAUCUGCAGCAGCAAAUUGCUCUGUUCGUCUGUAUCGCCGGUGACAACGAGUUGCGUUCGAGGUACCAAUUCUACAUCGAGGACACAUUCCGAUACGUACUGGGGCACCUGCUAACGGCUUUCGAUUUGUACGAAGAGAAGCGGGUUCGUUAUCAGUGCCAAAACCUGUUGCAGGUUGCCCGACGGUUACUAGGCAAAAUAGGUGAUCUGGGCCAACUGCUGCGAGGUGUGAUGACAGAAGCCAAAGAACUUGCCGCUGCAGAACGUUGCUCGCUUUUCCUGCUGGACAAACAAACAGGAGAACUGGUGUCGAAAGUGUUUGACGGAAAUGAGGCCUCCAAAGAAAUUCGAAUAGCAAGCGGAAAGGGUAUCGCCGGUUAUGUGGCGCAAACCGGAAACCUGCUAAACAUCCGCAACGCUUACCAGCAUCCAUUGUUCUACAAGGGUGUCGACGAGUCCACGGGCUUCAAAACACGGAACAUUUUGUGCUUUCCCAUCUGCGACGAGCAAGGCGUGAUCGGUGUGGCCCAACUCUGCAAUAAGCUCAACGGUUUCCAUUUUGACAAAUGUGACGAAGAAGUGGCCACCGCGUUCUCCGUGUACUGCGGUAUCAGUAUUAUGCAUGCGCUCGUCCAUAAACAAGUUCAGAAAGCGGAAGCUCGAUACAAACUCUCACAGGAACUACUCCUUUAUCAUAUGAAGGUACCGGACACGGAAAUUCAACACGUGCUAGAAGCCGUCAAUGCACACGAAGCGGAUCAGUUUGCGAUGGACUUGCCACGGUUUGACUUCUGCCCUCGGGAGGUGAAAAAUUACGCUCUCUCGGUGCAGCUGUCGAUAAAAAUGUUCUACGAUCUCAACUUUGUUACCACCUUCCAAAUACCCGAGGACAAACUGGCUCGGUUUAUUCUGCUGGUGCAGAAGGGCUACCGGGACACGCCCUAUCACAAUUGGUGGCACGCGUUCUCAGUGGCGCACUUUGCCUACUCGCUGAUGGUCAACUUGAAGCUGAUAGAAAACGGUGUAAUUACUAAAAUGCAAGGCUUCUCCUUCCUAAUCGCGGCCUUCUGUCACGAUCUGGACCAUCGAGGCACCAGUAAUACCUACCAAACACAAUCCAGCAGUCCACUGGCACGGUUAUACAGCAGCGAAGGAAGCGUAAACGAGCGGCAUCAUCUAUCCCAGGCGAUCUGCAUUCUCAACGAUUCGAGCAGCAAGAUUCUCGACAGUCUUUCCACGGAAGAGUUCAAGGAGUGCAUCGAUUUCCUGAGAGAUCUCAUUUUGGCCACCGAUUUGGCCAAUCACUUCCGGAUCAUGCCGCACUUGAAGCGUCUUCGGCCUGAGAAUCUGGGGGAAGGUUCCAAUCAACGAUUGCUGCUGUCGUUGAUGAUCACCUGUUGCGAUCUGAGCGAUCAGGUUAAGAGCUGGAAAACGGUUCAGCAUGUGGCGCAUCUCGUAUACGCCGAGUUCUUUGCCGAGGGUGACCUGGAAAAGCAGAUGGGCCUGCGGCCGAACGCCAUGAUGGACCGGAAGAAGGCUUGCAUUCCGGUGCUGCAGAUCGAGUUCCUCACGAUGGUGGUUCGGCCAACGUUCGAAAUAUUGGCGCAAAUUUUCCCCGAAACGCAGCACUUUCUCGAAACUAUCGAUUGUAACCGACAGCAGUGGGUGGACAUCAAAGAGAAUGGAAUCUGCUCUAGGACUAGUGACUGCUGUGAGAAUUGCUACGAUACCUGUAAUUAGGAGACAAAGCCGAAGACCAUUGGUUGUGUUAGGUCCAGUUCACAACAUGUUUCGAAAAUUUAAUUUUAAUUGAGUGCAAAUAGUCCUUCUUCCGAUCAUUUAUGGUUUGUUCUAGUAGAAUGAAGAUUGUGAUGUUCAGUGGAUAGCGAUGGUUCGUCUAUUUAUUUUCUACGUUGGCCUAAUAGCAUGUAAGGAAAUAUUUUACUUCGUAUACCUAGAUGGCAAUGAAAUGUCAAUCCAAUGACCACUCUGUUUGCUGGCAAACGAUAAUGGUUAGAAGCACAUAGGUGUAUAGAAAGAUGUUUUAUUCAGUGUUAUUUUAGAAAAUCUUUAGAUAUCAUUUAAGUAGCUUUCUUCAUUAAGUACGUGAUACCUGUUCGUGACAACUCCAACCCCAUUGUAUCCGAGGCCAGUACAGAAACAACAUCUGAUUUAUUUUAUAAUUGAUCAUGCAUUGUGAAAUCUAACUCAAGAAUAAAGAGAAAAUGCUCGUCAAUAAUAUAAAAACUACAACGA